UGCAAUGCACUGUGGCAAGGCUCUGGAGAAGCAUGUUUUGGGGGGAAGGCUGCUAGCUCUUCUGUCACUUCAGAGGUGACUUUGCAGAAAGUGCAUACCAGGCACUGGAGGUCAGGAGAGGAAGAAACUUGUCCUCACCCUGCCCGACUCCAUGCUAGUGUCGAGAGACCUUGCAGCUGUACAGCACCGUGCACAUUGCCCUGGGGUAGCCAUUGGCAGUUCUGAUCAGACCCCUCUCUGCAGUGGUUUCUAAGGCAGCCUAAACCUGCAGCGGGUAAACUGGAUUAUCUGUGAGGAGCAGCACUAAUCACGGCGUUUCAUCUGUAUGAAACAGACUUCAACUCUGGGCUGGGGCUGGGGAAGCAACACACGAACGUCGCUGUUCAAACCUGUGGGUUUUAACCCCAUCUGAAGCAAAUCCCAAAAGGGCUGGAGCAUCCCAGAUGAUCCAGGCUCACUCAGUUCCCCCCAGUUCCCGGACCUUGGACAGGCCUGGAUGGGGUGAGUUGGGCUGCAGCAGGAGUGCGGAGACCAGGUCUGUGCCCCACUCCCCGGGCCCAUGUCAGUCUGCGGCAGGAGUGGGGAGCACUGAUUUGUGCUCUGCUCCCCGGGUCUGGGCUGACGUGAAGUAGGAGUGGGGAGCACUGAUUUAUGCUCUGCUCCCCGGGUUCGGGCUGGCAUGAAGCAGGAGUGGGGAGCAUUGAUUUAUGCCCCGCUCUGUGGGGACCCCGGGUGGGAGCGCUCCUCGCUGCUGCCUUAAAAGGGGCCUGUCAGCUGGAGAGGAGGGGAAAGAUGUCCAGGAGCGCCUCCAUCGCCGGCUCCGCAUUUCCAGGGGAAGGGCUACAACAAUAACAACAACAACAAAAUCCCUCUAAACGGCUUCGCUCGCUUUCAGCCUCUCGCUUGCCCGGUCUCCCCGCAGCUACAGGAGCCUCUCCGGUUACAGCCACUUUCGAGCGCUGCUCCCGGGCAGAUAACGCAGCGAGUUUCAGCAAUGCCAUGAGCAGAAAGACACCAGCGAGCACACGAGCUGGCAAUAAGGACCAGACAGAAAAGUGCAUCUCCACCUCCAAGGAUUUCCUACCGCUAAGAGGGGGAGAAGAGGGGAAGAAAGCAGGAAGCGACAACUUUACCGGGGGAGAAGAGUGGGGGAAUAAGCGGGGGAGCCCGUGUGCCUGUCUCCUGCCAUACACGCGAAGCUAUGAAGCAGGGACAGAGGCAGAGCGAGCUCGUUCCGGCAGGGUUGGGAUCUGAGCUAGCACAAAUAGCUCCCUGUCGGACUCUUCCCGGGUUCCUGCCGUGUCCUGUCCCUUCUCCCUGCUGCGAGGGAGAAGAUCCGGAGCUAAAAGCCCAUCCGCGAUGAGCCACAUUUACAGCAGCCACCUCUCGCCCAUGGGCAGCUCCUCCAUGGUGUAUCUCCCCGCGGCGCUGGGCUUCGCCUCCAGCAGCGUGCUCUCCCGGCAGGACCCCCCGCAGAAGCCCCCGUACAGCUACAUCGCCCUCAUCGCCAUGGCCAUCAAGGAGGCUCCGGAGCAGAAGGUGACGCUCAGCGGCAUCUACCAGUUCAUCAUGGACCGCUUCCCCUUCUACCACGACAACAAGCAGGGCUGGCAGAACAGCAUCCGCCACAACCUCUCGCUCAACGACUGCUUCAUCAAGGUGCCCCGGGAGAAAGGCCGACCCGGCAAGGGCAGCUACUGGACCCUGGACCCCCGGUGCCUGGACAUGUUCGAGAACGGCAAUUACCGGCGGAGGAAGAGGAAGCCCAAAGCGGCGGGGGCGCCGGAGGCGCGGGGCGGCGCGGCCCCCGAGGAGGGCCGGCGGCAGGGACCGGGCGGUCGCCCCGCGGAGCCCAAGCGGCUCCGGGGCAGCCCGGACGGGCAGAGCCCGGCGCCGGACUCGGGCUCGGAGAGCAGGGGCGGCGGCGGGCGCUGGCGGGGGGCGGCGGGCGCUGGCGAGGAGCCGGCGGCGGCCGGGGACCGGCAGCGCUGCGGCGGGGAGCCGGCCCCCGCCGAGAGCCGCCCGCCGCCCGCCGCCGCCGCCGCCGCCCCGGGGGGGCCCCCGGGCGGGCCGCCCCCCGCCGCCGCCGCCGCCCCGCCGCACAAGGGCGCCCCGCGCUGCCGCAGCUUCAGCAUCGAGAGCAUCCUCGCUCAGGGGCUGCGGCAGCCGCCCCCCGGGGCCGCCCCCAAGGCGGCUCUCGAGAGCCCCGUCGGCUGCUUCGGCGGCUCCCUCGUCGCCGGCGGCAGCUUCGGGCCGGCUUUCAACGCCUCCCUCAUGCUCGACUCCCAGGUGCACGGGAGGCUUUAUCACAUCGGCAUCCCCUUCCUCUCCUGCCUCCCUCUCCACUUCUCCGAGACGGUAUUUAAUUUCCAGUAGUUCCCCCAUAACUCUGCUCCCCGCCCCCCCCCCCUCCAGUCUAGUCGCUGCUCCCGGCCCGGGGGCAGGACGGAGGGAGAGACCGGACUCAGACCUCACCAAGCGGGUAAAGACCAAAACGUGAUGUUAAAGGUGACUCAGGAUUUCAGGGCAUUUUCAAGGCACGUCUUGCUGCGGAGCUAUCCUUAGCGAUUGCCUCCCCUGCCAGAUCGACUUUUAAAGGUAAAACGGUUUUCUUUCCACGUCGGCGAUGGAGAAGCGGAGACAGGCGGUGGGGCUCCCGCGCUCGCGUCCGUUCGGCAGCUUCAGUCUUUGCAUCCGUCAGGUUUUUCAGACCUGCUCACUGCCGAGCCCCCAGCCUCUCCGGUUUUCUCCCCUUUUCCUUAGAAAACCAAACCCGCCCCUUUUAUCCCCCGGGGAGGGGGCUGUGUUUGGUCCUGUCACUAAUACCCACCGGUGCCUGCACGCAAAUACUUCCUGCGAUGUUGCCUUCCAGUCCUCGGAGUGGCUCAAAGGCAGGUAAACGGAAUCAACGGAGCUAAAAUAAGGACGGAUGAAAUAAAGCAGUCUCCCGUGCAGUCACGCUUGCUUUGACCUAGCACUACAUACAGUUCACGGCGUUAAUGCAAGCUGGUUUCCUGCCUGGCACUUGUGCUUCUGGAGUAUCGCGACAGCGUUUCUGUCUUGCUGGUGCAGCUAAGCAGAGAGGGAGACGGACAAACACACUCGUCGUGAAUGGGAGAAGCUGCCCAUUUACGUGUCUUGCUGGGAUCAGUUACUUCUUACCAAAAAAGACUGAACCAGGGUCGUGGAAGCUGAUCCUGGUGUUUUGGUGUAGCUAUGUUAGCAACCAAGACAACUACUAGAAAAAAAAAAAAAAAAAAAAAAAAGAACUGAAAGAACUGAACUGUUUCUCAUUUUUUUCUUUUUUCUUAAAGAAGGAAGAAUCCAGACACAUUAUAAGCAAUCAGGAAUAUUUCUUAUUUUUGCCAUAAAUAGAGACUUUUUGUAUAUUAGCGGAUAAAUGUCAUUUGGGAAAAAAGAUCUAUAUUCUCAAUUUUCGUUUGAAACCACACCUGUAU